AUGCCGGACCCAACCCUCAAUUCACUGAACCCCCGUCCCACCGUGCGCCGCUCCAUCUUCGACCAAGGACCGACCUUUACCCUCGAGACGUUCUCGAAUCGCGACUUUAUCGUAAAAGACUUUAUCGAAUCCCUCUCCGACAGCGCUCUCUCCAGCCAGCGCCGGUCCGGUGCCCUUGGAAACCAGGCCUUUGACCCCAAACCGCUGAUCCGCACCUUCGAACACGCCCAGCGCCGACUAGUCGAGCUAUCCGGAGACCUCGAGCUUCGUGAGAAUGAGCUUUCCGCGGCCGUGCGGAGAGCCGAAUCCCAGCAUUCGCAGAACGUGACCACGCUUGGCCGCAAGCUGGACCAGGCCAUUGAGUCGUUUCAGAAGUUGGACACGUCGCUGAACGGUCCGCGCGGGGCUGGCGGCGAGCUAUCUGGAAGCGGAAAUGUUGCCGUCGAAACUGGUCGCAGGCUAGAAGAGCUCGAUCGCCAGAGACGGAGAGCGCUGGAUGCACAUUUUCUCAUCGAAUGCUGGGAUGAGGUGAGCAAUCGCGGCGAGACGACGCUUCUUGAAAACAUGAGGAGGACAGGCGGAGGUGAAGGGAUGGUUAGAGCUGCCCACAUUGCUCGCCAACUACUUCGAAUCAGCCAGAGGCUGGAUCCUCUGAGCUGGAAUGAGGCGAACGGGGAGGCUCGGACCAAUGGCCACAAGCGAGGGAAUACACGAGAGCUCAUUGAGAAGUUUUCUGAGACCCUGGAAAAGGAUAUCUUGAAGCAAUUUGACGAUUUCUACCGAAGAGCCAAUUUCGACGGGAUGAGAGAGUGCGCAAAGGUCCUGCAUGAUUUCAAUGGCGGCGCCAGUGUCAUUGGCCUGUUCGUCAAUCAGCACCAGUUCUUCAUCGAUCGCAGUCAGCUAAUCAACGAUGAGGCUGUUGGUGAUCCCGAUACGUGGGAGAAACUGGCAGACCCUGAUGCUGAGCCACCGGGCGUGGAUCCUAGCCUCCAGUCCUUGGUUGAUGAAGUCAAAGUGGUUGUCCAAGAGGAGUCAGGUAUUAUCAAGCGGACUUUUCCAUUUUAUGAGCAAGUGCUUGGAACAUUUGUACAAAGAGUGUUUCAGCAAUCUAUACAACAGCAACUCGAACUGGUAUUAGAGAAGGCCAACGGCGUCUCGUCAUUGGCGUUUCUAAGAUCUCUACAGACGGCAAGAGCUUAUAUUAGCGGCUUAGUAGAUGACCUAAAAGCCCAUGGGUUGACGGAGCAUCCAGACACAAUAUCCUCCCAGACCGCAAUGGUCCUAGACCAACAGCUUGAGGAACUUUUCAUUCCCUACCUCACUGGAUAUAUUGAACGGGAAAAGGGAAAUCUGGAAGAGCAAUAUACUUCAUUGUUAUUCAAGUUUGCUACUUUCCAUGCCCGGCGAAAAAAGACUCCGACGACAUUUAUCUCGUCACUUGCAAAAUCAGGGAGCGAACUGCUGGCGUCAGCCAGAGAUGCCUACAUAAACCGACUGGAUACAUCUGACUUUACGCCGACUCAGAGAAAAAUGCUGCUUCGUGUCGCCGGUUUAAAGGAUAUUGACGACCAAAAGCAAAUGGAAAUUGAGCUGACGGAUGAAGACGGCCAAUUGAGCGUCGAGUUUGCGAAACGGAUGCUUCGCUGGCUUGCGGAGGGUGUCGGUCGAGGACUCGAAUUGAACGUGGGCACCGAAACACCCAAAGAUGUUUCCGCGUUGCUAAUGAUGCUACUUUCGGUGAUGGCGGAAGGGUACGUUGAAAUGGCUCUGGAUGCAUCUCUGGAGUCCGCCACCGCGCAGGAGUCUGGAAAAUCCGAGCCUGAGUUUGGUUAUUUGGCUACUUUACGCACAGCGAUUAGCACCACCCAUCUGAUGAUGACCUGUAUCGACACUGUGCUGACCCCGUUAGCUGCCUCAAACAUCACGAUCAGGCGAGACAUGGAGAAGAAAACCAAUUUUGCGAUGAAUCGAAUUGAGGAGAAAAUCAAUGCAAUCGAGCAGAAAACUGUAGAUGUUGUGCUUGCGUGGGUCGCACGCGUGCUCUCUGGACAGAAGAAAAACGAUUUCCGGCCGAAGGAGGGCGUGACGGAAACUGGUGCCGGAUGGCUCGAAAUGCUCCAGACUCCGACGUGCGCUUCUAUAUCCGGUUUUCUCACUCGACUACAUGGCAUUGCCCUCGCCUCUCUCCCCAGCAGCGGGACCAAUGUCAAAAUCUUCCUUACUGAAAUCGCUCUGGGAAUCCGCGCCCUGCUCUUGGAUCAUUUCAAGAAAUUCCCAGUCAGCGGCCCGGGUGGUCUCAUGGUCACAAAGGACAUGACUCGAUAUACGGAGCUACUUCGGUCCUGGAAUAUUGACGAGGGAGUCAAGGGUAUCGGCGGAGCUCUUGACGUCUUGUUGGAAGUGGGCAGUCUUUUCGUCGUUGGCCCCGAGGCUUUGAGAGAAAGAAUUCGCGCAGGCACUACUGGUGGGUCGAGUGGGGGAGGUGGAAGCGGUGCCAGCAGCUCGCAGGGCAAAUCAAAUACCGCUUUGAGUGUACAGGAAGUCCGUGCAUAUGUGCUGCGGCGCGAGGAUUCAGGAAGUGUUGGGAUGCAAAGCGUCCUCAAUGCCCUUUGA